UCCGAUUACCCAUCUGCGCCUAAUGCCCUGGGCACUUUGUUGACCAUUGGGGCCUGACUAAUCAUAGGAGAAUUUAUAUAAAAAGCGACUAAUUGAAAAAAUGCCCAUUGGAUAAUUGGUGCAAGAUGCGUGAGGUGUUCACCCGAAGCUGCUGUGCCCUGGGAAUCGUAUUAGCGGUGCUCAUCCCCAUGACCGGGGCUUGGCGUUCGUUCAAGGUCAUCCUAACAGACAUUGAUUUCGAGGCAAAUGAUAAGAUUGUGAACCUCACAGUAGAUCUGCAAAAUGACGCCGGCGACUCCAAGCUUAGCGUGGAUAUUAAAGUUUUUGAGGACAUUGAGGAUGUCCAAUUGACUGUCGAUGUGGGCCUGGAGACGGACAAGGGUAACUACUCCACCCUGAUCAACCGCACCCUCAACUUCUGCAAACUUUUGAAGCUGCGGAACUCCGAUCCUCUGCUUCGCGGCAUCUACGAGGACUUGCUUAAGCACGGCAACCUGUUCAAGGAAUGUCCCAUCAGGAGGGGGACGUUCAGCCUCAGCCACUACAAGGUGGACGAGGAGUUGCUGCCCAGCUUUCUUCCGGAAGCAAAGUUCCGUUUCGGGCUACUAAUUACAAGAUCGAAGAAUGAGAGGAUCCUCAGGGCCGUCGUCUACGGCCGCAUAGAUAAGUCCAAGGGAUUCGACAACCUCAAGCGGUUCAGCAUGGGUUGAGAUCCAA